UCUCUGGUGAUCUUGAAAGAGCCUGUAUCAUGGAAUCGAUCUCUAUGAUGGGAAGCCCUAAGAACCUUAGCGAAACUUUUUUGCCUAAUGGCAUCAAUGGUAUCAAAGAUGCAAGGAAGGUCACCGUGGGUGUCAUUGGAAGUGGGGAUUUUGCCAAAUCGCUGACGAUUCGACUUAUUAGAUGUGGCUAUCAUGUGGUUAUAGGAAGUAGAAAUCCUAAGUUUGCUUCCGAAUUUUUUCCUCAUGUGGUAGAUGUCACUCAUCAUGAAGAUGCUCUGACAAAAACAAAUAUAAUAUUUAUUGCUAUACAUAGAGAACAUUACACCUCCCUGUGGGACCUGAGACAUCUGCUUGUGGGUAAAAUCCUGAUUGAUGUGAGCAAUAACAUGAGGAUAAAUCAAUAUCCAGAAUCCAACGCUGAAUAUUUGGCUUCAUUAUUCCCAGAUUCCCUGAUUGUCAAAGGCUUUAAUGUUGUCUCAGCUUGGGCACUUCAGUUAGGACCUAAGGAUGCCAGCCGGCAGGUCUAUAUAUGCAGCAACAAUAUUCAAGCUCGACAACAGGUUAUUGAACUUGCCCGUCAGCUGAAUUUCAUUCCUGUUGACUUGGGAUCAUUAUCAUCAGCCAGGGAGAUUGAAAAUUUACCCCUGCGACUAUUUACUCUCUGGAGAGGGCCAGUGGUGGUAGCCAUAAGUCUAGCCACGUUUUUCUUUCUUUAUUCCUUUGUCAGAGAUGUGAUACACCCAUAUGCUAGAAACCAGCAGAGUGACUUUUACAAGAUUCCUAUUGAGAUUGUGAAUAAAACCUUGCCCAUAGUUGCCAUUACUUUGCUGUCCCUGGUAUACCUAGCAGGUCUCCUGGCAGCUGCGUAUCAGCUUUAUUACGGCACCAAAUAUAGGAAAUUUCCACCUUGGUUGGAGACCUGGUUACAGUGUAGAAAACAGCUUGGAUUACUAAGUUUUUUCUUCGCUUCAGUCCAUGUUGCCUACAGCCUCUGCUUACCAAUGAGAAGGUCAGAGAGAUACUUGUUUCUCAACAUGGCUUAUCAGCAGGUUCAUGCAAAUAUUGAGAACUCUUGGAACGAGGAAGAAGUUUGGAGGAUUGAAAUGUAUAUCUCCUUUGGCAUAAUGAGCCUUGGCUUACUCUCCCUCCUGGCAGUCACCUCUAUCCCUUCAGUGAGCAACGCUUUAAACUGGAGGGAAUUCAGUUUUAUUCAGUCUACGCUUGGAUACGUUGCUCUGCUCAUAAGUACUUUCCAUGUUUUAAUUUACGGAUGGAAACGAGCUUUUGAAGAAGAGUACUACAGGUUUUAUACACCACCAAACUUUGUUCUUGCUCUUGUUUUGCCCUCAGUUGUAAUUCUGGGUAAGAUCAUUUUACUCCUUCCAUGCAUAAGCCGAAAGCUAAAGAGAAUUAAAAAAGGUUGGGAAAAGAGCCAAUUUCUGGAAGAAGGUAUUGGAGGAGCAGUUCCUCAUCUCUCACCAGAGAGGGUUACAGUAAUGUGAUGAUAAAUGGUGCUCAUUGAUGCCAUAUAGAAUUCUGCUCAUGCCAUUAUUUUUAUGACUUCCUUUAUGUUCAUUUGCAAGUGCAUUGUCAAACUGACGUGGGCUGAAAUCCUUACAGUAAGAUCUCAAUCAAAUUAGUGGCAGAACUUUCUUGAAAUUAAUUUUCACAGAGAUCAAUUUUGGCAAUAUGAAUUUUUGUGGUCAACUUAUAUGUUUUGUUUUACACAACCAUAACACUCUUGUUAUUUUAAUAAACUGUAUUCCAUAAUCAGGCAAAAAUAUUUAUGGCGAAUAAUAUAGAUAUAACCUAAUGUUAAAAAAACUUUACAAAUCAGCAGAAUUUUAAGUGUUAAUAUAAUUGAAUGGAUGCAUUUUUUUUUCCUGAAGCUUACUUAAGGUUUUAAUUGUCAUCCAGCUUAAGAAAUAGAAACACAUAAUCAUACAUUAACUUUAAGAAAGGACAUGUGACAUUAGCAUCUAGGUAAGGGUGAAUGGUAACAUUCCUAUAUUUUUCUCAUAAGAUAGGGUUUGAAGAAUGUAAUUAAUUGUAUGAACCAGUGUGCUUUGUGAACAAACACAAAUUAAAAAAAAACAAAUUGAAUCUGACGUAUUUGAAAUGCAAAGGAGACAUGAAAUACAUACUGAUAAUAUGUACCUUAUGAAAGAUUUCAUUCCUUAUCUUUUUACAGAGCAGUUUCAUUUGCAUAUUAAUAUGUUGAUUUCGGAGAAGACCGUGAUAUUUGGCUUCCAAAACUGAUUUUUCUACUAUAGUACCAAUCCAGGGAAUCUUACAGUUGUUUCUAGUGACAGGGAGGGUAUUAAGUUUAUACACAAGGGGUUGUUUGUCAGCUGAUCUAUGUUGUUGUACAUUAGCCAGUCCCCACUCUCUCUGGUAUAUGAUUUUACUGAUGUUCACUGAGGGAUUAUAAUAUGCCAGGCACUGUUCUAAGCACUUUACUCGUACUGUCCCAUCUAAUAUUUACAACUCCAUGACAGAGGUUGUUAUAUCCUCAUUUUACAUAGGAGAAAACAGAAGGACAGAAAAGCAAUUUGCCCAAGGUCACACAGUUAGUAAGAGCCAGAGCCAGCAUUUAAUAUGUAGACAGUCAUAUUUCCGAGGCUACGGUUUUAACCACUAGGCUAAUGGCCCCUGCUCCAUCCUUAUGCAUUCAUUACCAUCAUGAUGCCAAUCUAGAUGCUUCCUCUUUUGUCAGUAAAGGCACUGACAUUCUUCACAGUGUGUUGUGGGUAUCAAAAAUAUAUGAAAAUAUUACAGUCAUAAAUUUAUUAUUGAUUGUGGGAUAAUCUACAGUUCCUCACCUUGCAAGAGGCUCUUGCUUGGGACCUGACCCUGGAGACCUAUGGCAGUCCAUAUGACCCUAUGCAGUGAGGGACUCCAGCAGGGUAGGACCAUAGCAGUUUUAACGAAUGGCUAAGGACCUGCAGAAUCUUAAAAGUCCCUGAAGAGUUGGUCAUCCCUUUUUUCUCUCCCUGAGAAGUCCUCCUGCCUGUUCAACCAUUCAUGAGGGAGCAGUUUGGAAGCAUGAAGGAUAUUAAGAAAAGUGAUUAAUUAUAAAUCUACUCUAGAGACAUAUAAUCAUACAAAUUAUUCAUAAAAAUUUUCAGUGCUGACACUCCACAUUAAAAUUGCAUUUUGUUCAAACUUUGAUUAGAAUGCCCUACAUUUUUUUCAUUUGUUCCUUCCUUAUUAAAAUAGAAAACUGCAGAUAAGAUACAAUUAUAUGCAUUAUGUAAUUAUAUAUCCUGAAAUUAUAACAUUUCUAAACUUAUACCCACUGAAGUACUGCUGAAUGCAACUGCCAAAAUAAAAGUUCUAUUUAGUGGAGGCUACCUUUCCCAUCAUUGGCUCUUUCCCUCCUACUGCACCCUGUCAAUUUGGUAAAUCACUCAUGAUUCUCUGGUGUUCUCUUCUUGGUGAAUUUUAGUAUCUUGUACUUCUUAAUUGAGCUCUCCCUUUUUAAAAUUUUAAUUCUAUUUUUUCCCUCUUCAUAAUCAUUUCCUUGCUAGUUUUUAGUAGGAACUACCUUGGGUGAUAACUUUUAAAGGGAAACACCCAUACACUGUUGUAGCACACUAGUGAAAUUAAUAGCAUAUUUUCAGUUUGUUCCUCAAGUUACCCUCUGUCAAGACCAUUGCUUUCACCAUUUAAUGUGAAAAUACAAUGAGACAUUUUUAAAAGCUAUAUGACUAUUGAAUUAUAUUGUUGCAUGUGUAUAUUAAGUAGCCAAUAAUAUAACACUAUUACAGAUAAAUGGGGCCUUUGAAAAUGUGAAAA